AUGGGCAACCUAGCAUCGACAUACCGGCACCAAGGUCGAUGGACGCAGGCGGAGGCGCUCGAGGUGCAAGUGAUGGAGACAAGAAAGAGAGUGCUGGGGGAAGAGCAUCCCGACACGCUGACCAGUAUGGCCAACCUGGCAUCGACAUACUGGAAUCAAGGGCGAUGGAAGCAGGCGGAGGAGCUCGAGGUGCAAGUAAUGGAGACAAGAAAGAGAGUGCUGGGGGAAGAGCAUCCUGACACGCUGACCAGUAUGGCCAACCUCGCGUAUACUUUGAAAGAUCAAAAACGUGAAGAAGAAGCUGUGGAAUUGAUGACUUCCUGCUUAAAUCAUCGUGUCAAAGCGCUCGGUCCAUCGCACCAUGACACGCAAAUCGUUCUUGCAACGCUCAUGACAUGGUACGGUCACGAUGAUGAAGCAGAGGAUGAGGAAUCCGAGGGUGCAGGGCGCAUGCCUGGAGCGUGGGUGGAGUAG